CAUGCUGCAGAAGGAUUAGUGUGGACGGGGAUCUUUUGGAGCCAACCACCUUCCCAAUGGCUGAACUGUGGAAAUACCUCCCUGAAGAAUUACUGUCAUUGAUCUUCCGACACUUGCCCCUCCGGGACCGAUAUGCAGUUUCACAGGUCUGCAGGGCCUGGGCCACUGCUGUCAACUCAAGCUCUGUGUGGUACAGCACAGAUAUCAGCUGCGAAAUGGAGGCAGACGCGGCUGCCCUGAAUUGCCUGUCCCCCUACCUGGGUCAGAUCCGCCACCUGGGGCUGGAGUUUGACCCGUCCAAGGAAGGAAGCCGGCGAGCAGCCACGGAACUGUUAAGUGCCUUGGCCCAGCAGGGCCCCGGCUUGCAGGGGCUGCGCAUCGCCUGCCAUGGUGAGAACCCGCUCUUCUAUUCGGGCCGAGACAUCCUGAGCGGGGUGCUCCAGGUGUGCGCAGCGGGAGCGCCUGGCCUGUGUGCGCUCCGCCAGCUGGAUCUCCGCAGCAUGCCUUUCACCCUGGACGACGGGCUGGUGCUGCAGGUGGCGCGCGCCUGCCCCGAGCUCCGAGGCCUCUUCCUCAACAACAGGACGCUGGUGUGCAAUGUACGCCCCGAGACGGUGCGCACCGUCCUGGCUGCGUGCCCUCGCCUGUGCGCGCUCGGACUCUAUUACGCCAGCCUGUCAGCCCCGGUCUUGGCCUCCCUGGCUGAGCCGGGCCGCCCGCCCUUCCAGCACUUGGCUGUAUUCUGCGCCCGACUCGACAAGUAUGCUGAGGGUAUACCCGACGAUGCCUGGGCGGCGAUCUGCAGGCGUCACCCCGGGCUCUCGGUGGAUCUGGAGCUGGACCACACGGUGCCCGACGAGCGGGUGCCCCUUGUCCUGCAGCCCACCAUCCCUGUGACUACACUGAGGCUCAACACGUUCGGGGAGGUCUCAGAGGCUGUGCGCCUUGCAGGCCGCCACUAUGCCGCCACUCUGACUGCCCUGGUCCUGCGGGCCACAGCCUCAGCGGCCCUGAACUCGGCGCUGCAGGAGCUGGCCGGGGCCUGCGGCCACCUACGCGAGGUGCACUGCUACUGUGUGGUGGCGCCUGCGGUAGUGAGCGCCUUCCGCACCGGUUGCCCCGACCUCCGCAGCUACACGCUCAAGAUCUCUCGGGAGCCGCACCCGUGGAGGCCUAGGAUCGUCAAGUGAUGAGCUUCAGCCCCAGGUGGGGCGCUCAGAGGAUCCGGACUGGCACCGCGGAUUUCCUAACCUCACAGCUAAUCUAAACAGCCAACACUCGAGCUUCAAAGCCUGCUCUGCUUCUCCUUUGCUGUAUGGCCGAAGGCAAGUCCCGUCCUUGCUCUAGGCCACUUUUUCCUUAUCUUAAGAGAAGGGAUUUGGAUCCGUUCAUCUCUGAGGUCCCUUCCAGCUCUAGACAAUGCAGCUGACCGGAGUCACGUUCAUCCCAACGAAGGACCCUUAGUGAGAGAAGAGGAAGGACAUUUGGGUGCCUGUUUCCUUCCUAGGAGUGCAUGUGGGGACAGAACCCCGGGAGAUUCAGAAAUCACCUAGUCCAACUCCCUUCUUUUCAGAAUGAGGGCCAGAGAGAAGAUGCCAGCUGCCCACUGCCACACAAAUUGGGGCCACUCAGGUGGGCACCAUCUCGGGCAUCUCUGGAUCUCCUGGGAUCUCCUAGUGGUUAGGUCUCUCAACAGAAUACUCUCUUCCCUCCUUCAGGAAUCCUCCCUUUCUUAGUGGGUCCUCACAGAAGAUGAGGCAUAGUAAAAGUACUUGCACUUCCCAGGCCACAAUCUGAACAUACUCACACCCACAGAUGCCGGCAUCCUUAAGGAAAAGACCAACUUUAGGAACCAGGAGAACUAGGUCUGCUAUCCACUAACCACCUUGGACAAGUCACCUUCCUCCCAGGCCUACAGUUUCUUCCUCCAUAAAUUAAAGAGGCUGGAACAUUACCCAGUGGCUCUAUA